GAAGUGGCGAGCCCGCCGUCGAGAACCAAACCGGGUGCCGAUGGAAUGAAACUGGAUGGACGCUUGCCGCGUGGCCCGUGAAUUCGUUGAACCCGUCGUUUCAAGAGUCCAUGUCGUAGCUACCUCACCGUCCCCAACCACUGCCCAUUGGUCGCCGCAGCCGCAAGGGAGCCUCCGCGCAAAACUUGCCCGACAAGAGCACCUCUGCGCGCAUGCAUCCUACUCCACCCGCCGAGUGAGCGCGCACCACUCGGCCCGUAUAUAUCCCCGCGCAUGCAACACGCCGCUUCGUCUUAGGCAGCAGCAUCGAUCGACCAGCCUCGAUCUUCACCUCCUCCGAUCGAUCCCACGCGCGCAGAGACCGUGAGACACAACAAGGUAGUACACCUGAGUAGUACGCGUUAUCCAGACCCAGAUCGAUCACCAUGAAGGCGCCCCCCGGCGCUGGUGAGUCGCUCAUCAAGUCUCCGGUGUCCGGUCUGCGGGCCACGGCCAUCGUGAAGCUCAACGCCGCCUUCAUCGCCUUCUUCCUGCUGGCCUACAUGGCCCUCCUCCUCCACCCCAAGUACUCCCACCUCCUCGACCGCGGCGCCGCCUCCCUCGUCCGCUGCACCUUCCGCGACGGCGCCUGCCCCUCCCAGUCCCCGCUCUCACGGAAGCUGGGAGGAACGGCGGCGGCGAACAAGGUGGCCAUGGCGACACCGACGACGGAGAUCAGGAUAGAGAACGCGGGGCGCGCCCCGGCCAUGUUCGACGAGCUGCGGGGCCGGCUGCGGAUGGGCCUGGUGAACAUCGGCCGCGACGAUCUCCUGCCCCUCGGCGUAGAAGGCGACGCGGUGGCCGUCGACUUCGACAAGGUCUCCGACACGUUCAAGUGGUCGGACCUCUUCCCGGAGUGGAUCGACGAGGAAGAAGAGGACGGCGUCCCGUCCUGCCCGGAGAUCCCGAUGCCAGACUUCUCCCGGCACCGCAACGACGACGACGUGGACGUGGUCGUGGCCGCGCUGCCGUGCAACCGGACGUCGAAAGGCUGGAACCGGGACGUGUUCAGGCUGCAGGUGCACCUCGUGGCGGCGCACAUGGCGGCGCGGAAGGGCCGGCGGGUGCGGGGCGGCGGCAAGGUGCGCGUGGUGCUGCGGAGCGAGUGCGAGCCGAUGAUGGACCUGUUCCGGUGCGACGAGGCGGCUGGGAGGGAAGGGGACUGGUGGAUGUACAUGGUCGACGUCGCGCGGCUGGAGGAGAAGCUCCGGCUGCCCGUUGGCUCCUGCAACCUCGCCAUGCCGCUCUGGGGACCGACAGGCAUCCACGAGGUGUUCAACGCGUCGUCGGCGGCGGCGGCCACCGGCGGCAGCAGCAGCAGCAACCCGAAGCGCGAGGCGUACGCGACGGUGCUGCACUCGUCCGACACGUACCUGUGCGGCGCCAUCGUGCUGGCGCAGAGCAUCCGGCGCGCGGGCUCCACCCGCGACCUGGUGCUCCUCCACGACCACACGGUCUCCAAGCCGGCCCUCCGCGCCCUGUCCGCGGCUGGCUGGAUCCCGCGCCGGAUCCGGCGCAUCCGCAACCCGCGGGCCGCCCGUGGCACCUACAACGAGUACAACUACAGCAAGUUCCGCCUCUGGCAGCUGACGGAGUACGCCCGCGUGGUGUUCGUGGACGCCGACAUCCUGGUGCUCCGCAGCCUGGACGCGCUCUUCGGCUUCCCGCAGCUCACCGCCGUGGGCAACGACGGCUCCCUCUUCAACUCGGGCAUCAUGGUGAUCGAGCCGUCCCGGUGCACGUUCGACGCGCUCGUCCGGGCCCGCCGCAGCAUCGUGUCCUACAACGGCGGUGACCAGGGGUUCCUCAACGAGGUGUUCGUCUGGUGGCACCGCCUGCCCCGCCGCGUCAACUACCUCAAGAACUUCUGGGCCAACACCACGCAGGAGAGGGCGCUCAAGGAGCGGCUCUUCGGGGCGGACCCUGCCGAGGUGUGGGCGAUACACUACCUGGGCUUGAAGCCCUGGAGGUGCUACAGGGACUACGACUGCAACUGGAAUGUGGGCGACCAGCGGGUGUACGCCAGCGACGAGGCGCACAGGCGGUGGUGGCAGGUGUACGAUGACAUGGGGGAUGUGAUGAGGGGCCCGUGUGGGCUGUCGGAGCGGAGGAAGAUCGAGAUCGGCUGGGAAAGGCACGUCGCGCAGGAGCUCGGCUACGACGACCAGCACUGGAAGAUCAACAUCACCGACCCCCGCAAGUGGGAGUAGAGCUAAUUAAGAGCUAAGCUAAGCUAGCCAGUAUACGUGAUACGGAGCUUAAUUACAUGUGCGCCUACUUAACUGGCCGGCCGGAGUGGCAGCUGAUAUAUCGGUCGAGCUCGCCGCAUUUCGAUUUUGGGUUUCUCUGUUUUUGUUUUGUCCCACUCAUCAGGGAGUAAGUAGUACAUAAGCAUGGGAUCAUUGCACAAACUUUGUUUGAAUAAUGAGUAGAAAGUAAUCUGAUCCUGUUCA